UUGUCAUACUGAAGACCCGCCCAAGGUAUUUCAGCCUAUAGCAGCUGGAGGACAGAACUGCAAGCGUGUAUGUGAGAACCGCAGCCACAAGGACAUGCUACAGUCCCCGCUAGAAUCUUCAGCAGUAGACGGAGAACGCGCCUUCAAUCCAUCUAAAGGAGUAUGAUUCCAGUGACUGAAUUCCGUCAGUUCACGGAACAGCAGCCAGCAUUCCGGGUUCUGAAACCAUGGUGGGAUGUGUUCACAGACUACCUCUCUGUGGUCAUGCUCAUGAUAGGUGUUUUUGGAUGCACUCUGCAGGUGAUGCAAGACAAAAUCAUAUGCCUUCCUCAAAGGACAUUCGCUCCAAACCUGACAGAGCUAAUGUGCCCACCUCCUUCCCAGGAACCGCCAGUGCCUGUCCAUGAGUUGAAAGGACUGAAGACGAACUUGGAUAUUCAGCAGUAUAAUUACAUAAACCAAAUGUGCUAUGAAAAGGCGCUGCAUUGGUAUGCUAAGUACUUCCCUUACCUGGUUCUCAUUCAUACUGUCAUUUUCAUGGUGUGCAGCAAUUUCUGGUUCAAGUUUCCUGGCUCUAGCUCUAAAAUUGAGCACUUCAUAUCCAUCCUGGGCAAGUGCUUUGACUCUCCAUGGACUACGAGGGCACUGUCAGAAGUAUCUGGGGAGAAUCCUGAGGAAAAAGACAACAAGAAGAACAGUGCCAGUAGGUCAAACCUUGAUACUCCAAUUGAUGAGGGCAACCUGGAGAAGACUCAAUCUUUAAGAUCCAUUCCUGAAAAGAUUGUUGUUGACAAGCCAGCACCAAGUGUCCUUGACAAGAAGGAAGGAGAGCAAGCCAAGGCCUUGUUUGAGAAGGUCAAAAAAUUCCGCCUGCAUGUGGAGGAGGGUGAUAUAUUAUAUAUGAUGUAUGUCCGUCAGACUGUUGUAAAAGUGCUCAAGUUUAUCCUUAUAAUUGCGUACAACAGUGCUCUGGUGUCAAAGGUUAGGUUCAGUGUUACCUGUACUGAGAACAUGCAGGACAUGACGGGUUACCGGUACUUCUGUUGCAAUCAUACUAUGGCCCACUUGUUCUCUAAGCUCUCCUACUGUUAUUUGUGUUUUGUUGGAGUUUAUGGACUUACAUGCCUUUAUACGUCCUACUGGCUGUUCUAUAUCUCUCUCAAGGAAUACUCUUUUGAAUAUGUCAGACAAGAGACCGGAAUUGAUGACAUCCCAGAUGUAAAAAAUGACUUUGCUUUCAUGUUGCACAUGAUCGACCAGUAUGAUCCUCUUUAUUCCAAGAGAUUUGCAGUGUUUCUCUCAGAGGUGAGUGAAAACAAGCUGAAACAGCUCAACCUCAACCAUGAGUGGACAGCCGAUAAGCUUCGGCAGAAGCUGCAGACCAACAGCAACAACAGGCUAGAACUUCAACUCUUCAUGCUGUCUGGUCUCCCAGAUACCAUCUUUGAGGUGACAGAGCUGCAGUCUUUGAAGCUUGAGAUUAUUAAUAAUGUUACCAUACCAGCAUCCAUUGCCCAACUAGAAGAUCUCCAGGAGCUUUCGCUUUACCAGUGCUCACUCAAGAUCCACAUUGCAGCCACCACCUUCCUCAAGGAGAACUUGAAGGUACUGCGAGUGAAGUUUGAUGAUGCCCGUGAACUUCCGCAGUGGAUGUAUGUGUUGCGGAACUUGGAAGAGCUCCAUCUGAUUGGCUCUUUGAAUUCUGACGCAUCAAAGAAUGUAACCCUGGACUCUCUACGAGAGCUCAAAGCGCUGAAGACAUUGAUGCUCAAGAGCAACUUCACCAAGAUCCCUCAGUCCAUUGUGGAUGUGGCCAGCCAUCUACAGCGCCUCUGUAUUUGCAAUGAUGGCACCAAACUGGUCAUGCUUAACAACCUGAAAAAAAUGGUGAACCUAACAGAACUUGAGUUGGUGCACUGUGACCUAGAACGCAUACCCCAUGCCAUUUUCAGCCUGAGUAAUCUGCAGAUGUUAGAUCUGAAAGAGAACAAUCUACGCACCAUUGAAGAGAUUGUCAGCUUCCAGCACCUCCGUAAGCUGACCUGUCUGAAGCUUUGGCACAACGGCAUCGCUUUUAUACCCGAACACAUCAAAAAGCUCAGCAGCUUGGAGCGCCUCUACUUCAGCCAUAACAAGAUCGAGAUCCUGCCCUCACACUUGUUCCUGUGCAACAAACUGCGCUACCUUGAUCUUUCCAACAACGACAUCCGUUUUAUCCCACCGGAGAUAGGUGUUCUCCAAAGCCUUCAGAACUUCUCUGUCAGUUGUAACAAAAUCGAAAAUAUUCCUGAUGAGCUCUUCUUCUGUAAGAAGCUGAAGACUCUGAAGCUUGGCAAAAACAUGCUGUCUGUCCUCUCACCAAAGGUUUCUUUCCUUGGAGUACUGACUCACUUGGAGUUAAAGGGUAAUCACUUUGAGUUCUUACCAGCUGAACUCGGCUCUUGUCGCGCCUUAAAGCGCAGCGGACUUGUCGUAGAAGACACGCUGUUUGAGACGCUGCCUUCAGAAGUCAGGGAACAAAUGCAAGCGGAGUGAUGACUGCUUUGCUUUCAUGCCAAAUAUUGUAAUCUGACUCCUUAACCGGUAAGGCUUCCAGGUGUUCCGUCCUGUAGUAUGUAUUGUGAUCUAUAUGGGUGAGUACUUGCAAUUUCAUGUUUAAUGCUGGACUUGUGCUUAAUGGCAUUUUAAUGCAAAAAAAGCUGGGAGUUAGGAAAAUCUAGGGAUGAAUACCUUUUAAUGCCUUACAUUGUAUAUUAUGAAAAAUUUAAUUUCAUUUAAAAUGUAUACAUUUUAAGACUCUUUAUCUUAAUUUUUUAAGAUAUUUUUUAAAACUGUAAAUCAUAGAAGUAGACAACUUAUGACAGGGAUUCAUUUACAGACAGUUUGUGUGACAGCAAUUUCAUUGUAUGCUUUCACUGACAUUUGCUUUCAUAAUCCAUUAAGCUUUUGCAGGUCAAGUACUGAAAAACAUGUUUUGCACUGGAAAUAGCAAGAUUAGAAUUUGCACUGGAAUCUUUAACAUUCCCUUUUAUUUUACUUUUUAUGUGUAUAUAGGACUUUGCAAGGUUUUGAAGUAUAAAUGAUAGUAAAAUAGUUCAUGUAAUCAUUUAUACUAGAAGUAUUUUUUUUUUCUUCCUGCAUAUUUACUCAUAAUAACUCUAAAGCUUUUGGAGAGCAGGAUUUGUAUGCAUGUGUUCUCAGGUAGACUUUACAUGUUUUUUUUUGUUUUUGCAUUUCUGUUUUAAUGUUAAACAAGUUUGACUGCUGUUGGUAUUAGAUCCCGCAGAUAAAGGUAACCACAUUUCAGUAUACCAGCUUCAAAUGUUUGAAGCAUUUCUAAGCGUUUAUUUCUGCUGUGGUUUGCUUGGUUUAAACCGUAGACUCCUGUCUAAGAUACAAUGCAGAUGCAGAAGGUAUUUCUCUUACCGUAACUUAGCCAUUAACAUUUUUCUUAUAAACCAACAAUGUACUAUAAAUAUACAUUUAGAUUUAUUAAUCAUAUUAACCAACAGUAUUUGUCAUUUAAUCAUGCAUUGUACACUAUUUCUAUUUUAUGCAAAUUGAAAGAAAACAUUUGACAGAAACAAAGCUCUAAGCAUAUAUACAAAUGCAUUUUAAGAAACGGAUUCUUUAAUGUCUAUAAUAUGCAAAAAAAUCUCUCAAGGUGCACUAAGAUAAAUCAGGUAGACUUUAAGUUUCCAUAGUAUUUUCUUCCAGCUGGCGAUUAUGAUUACGAGUGUGCGUCUUGUCUCAAUGACAUGUAAAUGGUAAUUACAUUGUCUCUGAUCUGAUCUUGCCUUGUGGGAAGUGACUCAUCUGAUGUACUGUGAUCAGGAUGUGGCCUUUUUUUUUCGGCACCAUAAACAAGUGUCAUUGAAUCAGUGUUUCAUUUAUGAAUUCCAAGACACUGGUAAUACACAUCCUUAGUCACUUUAAGAAGGUUAAAAUAUUUGAAUAUUUGAGCUGUUUAGAUCACCAGACCUUUGUGUGUUUUGUAUUUAGUCCUCUAGUAAUUUUGAAGGUCAGUUUCUGGUCUGGUCUGCAUGAUAAAGAUUAUAGUGAUGUGAAUGUCAAAGCUUAAGCCAGUGUGGACAUUUUUCUUUUAAAUGAGCACAUAAAAUGAAGGAUAUUGCUUUUUUUUGCCAUGUGAUAAAAGUGCUGACAUAAUAUAGUGCCACCUAUGCCUUAUUUUCCUGUUUUGUAUCAUUUUCAUUCUACCAAAGAUUUUUUGAUUUCUAAAACGGCAUAAAUAAAAUGCAUUUUUGUCCCUUG